AUGCUGGGAAUCAAUUAUGCCAGUAGUGAUGAGGAGGAAGUCGUUCCUCCUAAGGAAAUCAAGAUACCAACUCCAGACAAACCAAAGAAGGUGGUAUCAGCACCUAAUCCAAAGGCCAAUUCCGCCAGUGAACAAGUCGCAUCCUCAGCACCAAUCAAUGGUCCGGCACAAGGCCCAUCUUUAUCACUUGCCCCAGCGGGACCAGGACCAUCAGAUGAUGGAAUACCCGGAUCACCAUAUACUUCAACACAAUCUCUGAUACGAGAGCUUACUCUCCCGACUGUUCCAAAUUUCGAAAUCCCACCUUCGCCACCUGGAUCCCCACCAUUGAACCCAACUAGGAAAUUCGGGCGAUUCCUGUUGUUGAAGAAGAGAGGGCAGCAUUUCAAUCAGAGAUUAGAAUCGUCAUCUGUUUUAAAGGAUCCCGGCCAUCUCCAAACGCUAAUGGACUUUGCUAAAAUUAGCGACGAGGACCAGUAUGCAUCAAGUCUGCCAGAUGGCAUUGCAAUUCCAUCCAAAUUCCCAAAAUGGGCAUACUUCGAAGAACUCUCAGCAUCACAGAAACGGAUUACGAAAAGUAGAGAAGAGGCCAACACACGAGUGCCAAGAGACGGAAUAGACUUUGUCCCGGCCACUGGUUCUGGUGCAUCGAGUGGCGCUGGUACGCCAUCAGGCAAAAGCUUACGCCAGAGCGCGGCAGAGAGAGUAAUGGCUGGCUUAGACCGGCAACAGAGUGGGAAACGAAAGGAUCUGGAACAUAGAGGUGGAAGAAGCCAGGCCUCAUCCAGCAGUAGAAGACGGAGCAGCUCAAGGUCACCUAAGAGACGGCGGUCGAGGUCAAGAGAAAGAAGAUAGCAUUGUAACCUUGGGGUAUCUAUCAUGAUGCUAUUCUGACUGCACCACUUGGGCUGAUUUGACUAGCUCCUGUUUGUAGAUAGCUGGCGGCAAAAAGGUUGCACAGCAAAAAUCUUGGAUUUCUAGGCAAAGACCCAAAAUCUCAGAAAGUCCCAC